ACAUUUUUUUUUUAAAAAAAAACGCCUUUUCCGAAGAUCGGAUCAAAUCAUUCGAAAAAAAAAAAAAAAAAUCGCAUCUUUCUCCCAAAUCCGAUACGAUAAAUUUCUCGAACAAAAUCCCAGUAAUCUUGUUAGCAGGCUCAGCUGACGUAAACCGAUCGAGUUUUGUGAAAGCCAAGAUGAGUAGUUUCAAAUACGACGAGGAGAAGCCGUCGUCAGGCAAGAAAAAGCUGAAGGAAUUAUUGCUUAAAAGCGAUAACCGCAUUUGUGCAGAUUGCAGCGCCCCAGAUCCUAAAUGGGCGUCGGCAAACAUAGGGGUAUUCAUAUGCUUAAAAUGCAGCGGCGUGCACAGGAGUCUUGGUACGCAUAUAUCGAAGGUUCUUUCGGUGACAUUAGAUGAAUGGACGGACGAUGAGAUCGACGCUAUGGUAGAAGUCGGAGGAAACUCUUAUGCUAAUGCAAUAUACGAGGCGUUUCUUCCACAAGGAUGUUCCAAACCUAAUCCGGAUUCGUCUCAUGAGGAAAGAGCGAGUUUCAUCAGGUCGAAGUAUGAGUUACAGGAAUUUCUCAAACCAAGUCUACGGAUCGUUUCUUCAAAAAGCUCUUUCCAGUCUUGCGAUUCUGGAAAAGUCAGCUGCUCUGGCUCGGACAGUUUCAAGAGUUCAGCGGGCAUGAUUGAGUUCAUCGGCAUACUAAAGGUCAAAGUCAUAAAAGGAACAAAUCUAGCCAUCAGAGAUAUGCUAAGUAGCGAUCCUUACGUCGUCUUGACCAUUGGGCAACAGAGAGCGCAAACUGCUGUUAUCAAAAGCAAUUUGAACCCUAUCUGGAAUGAGGAGCUCAAGUUAUCUGUUCCUCGAGAAUAUGGGCCUCUGCAACUGCAAGUAUUCGACCACGACAUGCUCUCCGCCGACGACAUAAUGGGGGAGGCCGAAGUCGACCUCCAACCGAUGAUAACCGCCGCGAUGGCGUUCGGCGACCCCGACCUGCUUGCCGACAUGCCGAUCGGGAAGUGGCUCAAGUCGCAUGACAACGCGCUCCUCAAAGACAGCACGAUCAACAUCGUCGACGGCAAGAUCAAGCAAGAGGUGUCACUCAAGCUACAAAACGUCGAGUCCGGCGAAAUAGACUUGGAGUUGGAGUGGAUUCCUCUCAACCAGUAAAUUUAGCUCCGAAAUUUCCUCGGCUUAUCGUCGCGAUUCGCCGAAAGAAGUUUCCUUCUCUUCGAAAUUUUCGCUUCUUUUUUUCUCUUUUUUUUGUAUGUGUGUAUGUGUGAUUUGUUUUGAAGAACAUGAGUGCAGUGUAUCAGCAUUUUUCGCGGUAAAUUGUGUUGUAGUCCUUCGACUUUUUAAGAUUCGCAACUUGGUCUCAUUUUGAAUUUGGAGUAAAUCAAGGGUGAAAAGUGGAGUUUCA